GUUUUGAACUCCAGAUAUUGUUUCAGCGUAAUUUUUUUCUUUCCUGGACAACUACCAAAACAGACGUGGGAUCGGUUCAUAAUAUAUAAAGUUUGGCGUCAUGACUUUGCGAAUGUUAACUGGGGAAAGGACUGGUGCUGAAGGAUAGCUCCUCCUACCGACCGCGAGCCCUAUAAAACCCAUACACUGCCUCCUCAACUUCUGAAAUAACGUGAUGGUCGAAGCUAUAGUGGGUUUUGUUUAGAGCACAUUGUCUUUCAGAGGUAGGAUAAAAGAUACAUAUACCUUGAGUCAACAAAGGCGGUUUUAUAACGUUACCUUGCCGAUUUUGUAAGGAUGUAACUAAGAUGAGUCAAUAAUUUAAGAAUGAGUUGCCAAGUAUAAACAGUCAAACUCGCAUAGCGAAAGGUUUUGCUUAUCGUAAAAGUGUACCAAAAAUGUCACAUUUCAGUUUAAACUUAAGCAAUUUAAGCUUGGAGCUGCACGCAAUAGAAGAUUUUUCGAGAGACGAGCGAUUAGCUCAGAUAGAAAUAGCGCUGCUGAGCAUAAUUUUUCUCACAGCAGCCAUUCUCAACUUUGGAUUGUUGCUGGUUCUUUUGAGGAGGCGAAAAGAGAUGUCCAGGAUGCGCGUCUUCGUUUUCCACCUCUGUCUGGCAGACCUUGUAGUCGCUUUCUUCCAAGUCUGUCCGCAGCUGAUUUGGGAUGUAACGGACCGGUUCUUUGGUCCGGAUCUAGUGUGCCGUUUGGUAAAAUAUCUACAGGUAGUUGGCAUGUUCGCUUCAACUUACAUGAUAGUUGUUAUGACACUUGACCGCUAUCAAGCCAUCUGCAAUCCCAUGGUGACAUUCCAAAGGAGGCGAAGGCGCUGGAACAUUCCUGUUUGUAUUGCAUGGGCAAUCUCCCUUGUAGGAAGCCUCCCUCAAGUAUUUAUUUUUUCCCUUGUUCAAGUAGCUCCGGGAGUCUUUGACUGCUGGGCCGAAUUCAUUCAACCCUGGGGACUUAAAACUUACGUGACGUGGACUACGUUUAUUAUAUUCAUCUUACCUAUCUUCACUGUGAUCGUGUGCCAAGUGCGCAUAUGCCGCGCAGUGCAAAUAAAUCUGUACAUGAAAACGCACCAAGGGGGCUGCAUUGGAGACGCACACCCGCUUCCCUCCAGGGCUAGCAGCGUGGCUGGGGUAUCAAAGGCACGAAUAAAGACCGUGAAGAUGACGGUGGUAAUAGUUCUUGCCUAUAUUAUUUGCUGGGCCCCAUUCUUCACAGUUCAGCUGUGGUCCGUAUGGGACGUCUAUGCUCCAACUGAAUCCACGACUUUCACUCUGCUCAUGCUGCUGGCGAGUCUGAACAGCUGUGCCAACCCCUGCAUCUACAUACUUUUCAGCGGAAAGCUUCCCAAACGAUUUGUGGCUUUGAUGUGCAUAGGGAACACCGAAAGGAAAAAGUUGGUGCCCGAGGAUGCAACGGUUAUCAGUUCCGUAUAUUUAAGCUUAAAGAAUCUUUCCGACUGUAAGUAAAAGCAAAAAAAAAAAAAAAAAGACGUAGCAACCAUUCACUUACACCCGCUUCACCGAUUUUACAGGUAUCCAUUGCACUCCAUUUGACUUCAUUCGGAAAUGUGCUGUUAUUUCUUUAGCAUUUAAUGUGCAAUGUAUAAAUCUAUUAUUUGAAAAGUUGUGCUGAAUAGAAUAAUUUAUUUUAAUUUAGGCUAUCAUUGGAUUCGUGCAUAUAGUCCCUACUUUAACAAAUGUAUUUAUGUUCAAAGCAAAUGAAAACUUUACACAUACGUUACUGAGAAUAGCCAAUGAUUUUAUAUAUGAUCAACUCCCGGAAACUGCUACAUCAUCACCUAAUGUAUAAUGUAACAUACACUUUAUUAUUUGUCCUUUGGCACUUGUACUGUUGUUUCAGUGUUUAAAACAGACUGGGUUUUUUUUGUAUUUAACAGCUGUACAGUGCUGCAAUUAUUUUUAGAGAGAUGAUUUGAGUGUAUUAUUAUUUUUUCUUUAUUGAUUGUUUGUGGUACAUUAUGUGCCCCAAAAGCCAUAUUCACUGUGCAAGUACUUUUUCUUCAUAUUAAUGCAAGAUGUGAAAAAGUAGAUGAAAGUCCA